AUGAGCUCGGAAUUUACGGAAGGAGGCCAUGCUGGGAGUGAUGUCGAUCUUACCAGCCUCAACUGGCUACACAAUCUCAAUAUCAUGAGUAUCUCAUCUUUGCCAACACCACCGUCCUCACCUGGACCAUCUCCACUGCCCGUUCACACUCAGCAACAGCCACUACAGCGAAAUUCUCACUCUACAGUACCUGUUGCAAACAUAGAAGAUUAUCGCAACUGUGGAGACCGUAAACCUCCUUACUCCUAUGCUACUCUGAUAUGUAUGGCCAUGGGUGCCAAUAGCAACAAAAUGACGCUUUCUGCUAUAUACAGCUGGAUUCGUGAGAACUUCCUUUACUACCGAAAUGCUGAUCCUAGUUGGCAGAACUCAAUACGUCACAAUCUGUCACUAAACAAGUGUUUUGUGAAAGUACCCCGCUCUAAAGAUGAACCAGGUAAGGGUGGUUUCUGGCGGCUGGAUGUGGAUCAGUUGGAAGAAGGGCGAAGAAGGAAAAGACGCUGUAGCUCUCAAAGUGGUAGCAACGUAAAAUCAGCCACGGCAAAGGUUAAAGUAAGAUCUAUACAAUGUGAGAAAAAAGAUCAACAACAAAAGAAAUUGCAGCAGCCACAGCAUGUGCAACCACAGCUGCAGCAACAACACCAGCCACAACUACUGGCAAAUCCUACAACACCUGCAAUGUGUCUCAGCACAUCACACCAACAACAACUACUUAGUGCACCUUCAAUGGUUCCUACUGUUGUCUCUGUCUCUACUGAUUCAGUCACUGAUUCUACUUCAAAUUCUAAUUUUGUAACUUCCAACACAUCCAGCAAUGCUCCAAUUGUCAUUGGUGAAGAUGAUUUGGCCACUAUGCUGCUGGCAAGUGAAGGAUGGGAUACAGCUCAGAUAGAGCUUCUUGACUGGUUGCUUGAUACACUAUAA